AUGCUUCACACCGAGAAUAAUGUUUGGGGCCGUAUGGUUCGUCGGUUGAACAAGCGUCGAAGUAACAAGCAGAAAAGCAAAAAGGCAACGAUGGUGGUGUAUCAGUGUGAGAAGACUUCAGACUAUUUUGCUGAUUAUGAUCAAUUUGGUCCGGUAGAAAGAGACCCAUGGCCCACGCCGGUAAACUCCGAGGCCAGUUCGAUGUACUCAGAUUGGACAGACAGUGAAGACGAAGACGAAGAAGAUGAAGAAGAUGAAACUGUUAGAUUGAAAGUAGAAAAUGAGGAAAUUGACGAAAUCGCUUCAAUUGAAGCAAUUGACGCAAUUGACAAUGUCACUAAUGACAUUUUCAAACUCAAUUACUUGACUCCAAACAUUAACGGAACCGUCACAAAUGUGUCGCGGUACCUUUUUCCUUCGCUUCCUAGCCAGGGCUCACUUUACUUUGGCUAG